AUGAAGUCCAAGGAGUAUCUGAAAAAUUUGAGAGAGGACACAUUUAUCCGGUUGAUAUCGUCUACCGAAUUAUUGAUUAUAGAGGGAGAAAUGGAUGUAUAUAAUAUGAUCAAAAUGUGGAUAUUCCUUGACGAAAAACCUCAUGCCGCUGCCUUACCUGAAGCGGAUUUCCAACGUCAAAUGUCUGAAACUCUCGCUAGUUACCCUGAAGGUCAAUUAUUUGUCAAACAUGCUGGAUUAUUCGCAGCAUUAAGACUCCAUCAUAUAACGACCACUAUAGCAAGUUUGAAAACUGUCGAGAAUGAUCAUCUCAUACCUAAAGAUGUAUUGAACGCCGUCAUGGUCGAUCAGUGGAAGACAACCUUGGCUAAUGAGGAGAACCCUUCAGCGUAA